AUGAAGAUAGAGCAGGGAAGAGCAAGCCAGGAGAGGGAGAGAGGGCAAGGAGACCACAACAGAGCAGGGAAGAGCAAGGGAAAGCAAGGAGACCACAACAGAGCAGGGAAGAGCAAGGCAAGGGAGAGCAAGGAGACCACGAUAGAGCAGGGAAGAGAAAAGGCAAGGGAAAGCAAGGAGACCACAACAGAGCAGGGAAGAGCAAGGCAAGGGAAAGCAAGGAGACCACAACAGAGCAAGGAAGAGCAAGGCAAGGGAAAGCAAGGAGAUCAAGAGAGAGCAAGAGCAGGGAAGAGCGAGGCGAGGGAGACCAAGGAGAUCACGACAGAGCAGGGAAGAGCUAGUGUCGCCAUGCAAUAUUCUGUCAUGUUGCCGAACAAUGGCGUUGCCAGCGUGAAAAUUUAG